AUGUGUAUCUUAACGAGAAUUUGGCAACAAGAAAUAUCAACGUGGCAUAGUCUUAUUUCAAUGUGGCUUAUACUUGUGACUUUGGUCAAUAUUGGCAAUAUACCUGUACAAUGUGAUGAUUCUUCAGAGAAUGAAAACUAUUUGUAUCGAGAAUUGUCAAAAUUAUGUGCUCACUAUUCAAAUAUUGCAAUGGCAAAGAAUCGUUAUCGGACAACAUGGGGUGCAACAACAUUACUUACGGCUGAAUUGGAUGUAUAUAAACAACUGAUUGAGGAUCUCAAAUGGAAUUUUUCGUUCGUUAUCACAUUGAGUGAAAGCGAUUUUCCAACGAAACCUAUUGAAGUAUUAUCUGAAUUUCUAUCAAUGUUUCCAAAUCAAAAUUUUGUCAGUGGAAAUAUUCCCAAUAUAUCUAAUCGUGAUUUCAUACAAUAUGUUGCAUAUGGUGAUGAUGAAUUAAUUCGUGGCCUACGAUUCGCAUUUAAUUAUACUGCAAUGCCAUGUGAAUCCUUCUAUCACACUGUAUUAAUCAAUAGUAUCUAUUGUGAUUCACACGUACGGAUGAAUUUACGCAUGGUGAAUUGGGACCGUCGACGUGGUUGCACAUGUUAUAACAUGGAUGUUAGUGACUUAUGUGGCUGUUCACCAUUGAUUUAUCGAAUAACUGAUAAAAGAAAAUUUGCUGAAGCUGCUGGUGAACUAUUAUUUUUUGCUCGAAAAUUCGAUCCAACAGUUGACGAAAAGAUUAUUGAUUGGAUUGAUGAAAAAAUAUCGGGUCUGAAUCUAUCUGAAGGUAACGUCAUUACACGAAUAUCUAUUACACAAUCUGAUGAAAUGCCUAUGAUUGAUAUUCCGUUUCCGGAGAUUACUUCAGAAUGUAUGAUUGGUAUUUGGAACAUGUACUUGCUGUCAAAUAGUAUUAAUGAUACAUUAGCUUCAUUGAAUUUUCUUAUUCUUUCUGCUAAUCAAACAGAAACAAAUGAUGAUAUUUGGACCAUAGAAACAAAAACUGUUGUCAAGUUUUGGUCGAUGGCGGAUAUAUGUUCAAUAAAAAAACAUUCAAAUGUUUGUUCGAUGCUAGAAAAUAAAAUAACUACAGUAUCUUGUCAGAUCGACGAUUGUGAUACAAAACGAUGGAGUGUAUUCUAUUACGACGUUAAAACUAACUGGUGA